UGUUAAAAUGCCACUAAAAGAGAGCCACACAAAAGGGAGAUGUCUGUUCGCCAGAAUGCAAAUAAGUACUCUCAAAAACAGAAUAGGUGCAGCAGUUUGGGCUGCUUUCUCUACUGGAUGGUCAACCCUUCGACCCGUUGGACUGUGCAACGGAGAUUCAGCUUUGCCGGGGUUGACGUCACCUCAAAAGAGGCCUCCAAGGAGCCCAUCACCACUUGCAUGACUCUCUUCGGUGGUCCUUGUUGCUUUCGUUACCUAUCACCUUUUGCUGAUGCUAACAUGCCUAAAAAUAGCCAAACCAAGCGGGCAAGGGACGCUGCACGCAAGAGGAGGGCAGAGGAAACGCCAGAGAAGCGAGCAGAGCGCCUGGCAAGACGUGCUGUGCGCAUGGCUGAGAAGAGGGCAGAGGAAACACCGGGGGAGCGAGCAGAGCGCCUGGCAAAAAAUGCUGCGCGCAUGGCUAAGAAGAGGGCACGCCUAGUGCGUGACCUUCGACGACACAUGGAGCAGGUUCUCCCUGACAGGCAGCAGCUCUGGGUCCGGGAGAAGAACUGCAGUCUGGACCAAGAGGACCCAGAGCCUCCACAGAUUAAAGAGGAACGGGAGGAAGUCUGCAUCAGUCAGGUGGCAGAGCGGCUUGUACUGAAGCAGGAGACUGAUGCCUUUAUGUCUCCUACUCAUGAGGAAAAUGACCACCAGACCACCUUUACUAAUGCCCACUUGCCUAAAGAAAGCCGUGCACAUGCAGCCGAAUCAGAUGAAGCACGAGCUGCGCGCCAGGGGAGCAACGCUGUGUGCAUGGUUAGGAUGAGGGCAGAAAAAACACUGGAAAAGCGAGAAGAGCUCUUGACAAAAGAUGCGGUGCGCAAGUCUAAAAUGAGAACAGAGGAAACGCCUGCGAAGCGAGCAGAGCGCCUGGCAAGAAAUGCUGUGCGCAUGGCUGAGAAGAGGGCAGAGGAAACACCGGAGGAACGAGCAGAGCGCCUGAUAAAAGACGCUGUGCGCAUUGCUGAGAAGAGGGCAGAGGAAACGCCGGAGGAGCGAGCAGAGCGCCUGAUAAAAGACGCUGUGCGCAAUGCUAAAAUGAGAGCAGAAGAAACGCCGGAGAAGCGAGCAGAGCGCCUGAUAAAAGACGCUGUGCGCAGUGCUAAAAGGAGAGCAGAGGAAACGCCGGAGAAGCGAGCAAAGCGUCUGGCACGAGUUGCUGCAUACAGGGCUAAAAGAAGGGCCCGCCGGGCACAGGGCCUUCAACAUCAGAAGGAGAAGUUUCUCCCUGACCAGCAGCAGCUCUGUAUUGAGGAGAGGAUCUGCAACCCCAACUUUUCAGAGCUGUUUGAAAAACCAUUGCUUUGUGAGACCUGCGGCAAAACAUUCAGGAACAUUUCGUUAUUGAAAAUCCAUAUGGCAAUCCACAAAAGCGAGAGACCAUAUUUGUGCAAAACAUGUGGGAAAGAUUUCAAAGUUGCCAGUAUUUUGAAAGCCCACAUGAGAACUCACACAGUUAGGAAGCUGUGCGAUUGUAAGACCUGCGGAAAAAGAUUAAGUUGCGUUGCAUCAUUGAAAAGCCAUAUGACAAUCCACACAGGUGAGAGACCAUAUUUGUGCCAAAUAUGUGGGAAAGAUUUCCGACUUGCCGGUAUCUUGAAAUCUCACAUGAGAACCCACGUAGGUAAGAAGCUGUAUACUUGUGAAACAUGUAGGAGAGAUUUCAGUGUUAGGUGUGCUUUUAUUGUCCAUAUGAGAACUCACACAGGUGAGAAGCCAUACUUUUGCAAAACCUCUGAUGAAUGAUUUUUUUUGAAUUGGAAAGGCAUACAAAAAGCAUACAGUGAGAAACAAAACAAGUAAGGAGCCACAUGAAUGCAAGUUUUUCCUCAAAUCUCAUUUCUAACAAAACAAUCCAUAAACAGGACAAACCGUCAAGAUGAAACCUCUUUGGUUGCAGCAUCUUUGUAACUAUAAAAAGCUUUUCCCAUAAAAAAGUCACAAUAUGUUAUUGUAAUGAUGUUGUACGUUAUCAACAAUGCCAGCAGGUUUUGUUAAAUUAACCUGUUUUUUUGUAUGCAUAUUACUGCAUUACAAAUUUUUCAGUUAGUAAUAGUAUUUCUUUAUAACAAUCAUUAUCUCCCACAUCUUUGAAAGAUCUUUGUUGCACAAUGGGUCCAUCAUUUUCAAGGAAAAACAAACACAUUGUAGAUGUUGCUGUGCUCAAAUAGUUUUGGUAAAAAUUCAAGUCUGAUGUUCCCAACUUGAUGGAUUGAGAGAUAGCGUUAACUACAGCCAAUAAACAACCCAAGUGGUAGUAGUGCAUAUGAUUAGUGAUUAGUGCCUAAAGGAAUGUUGCUGUUUUUGCUUACAUUUUCAAUCUUAUGUAUGUAUUCUAACAAUAAAGCUUUGUAUUGUGAUUAUA